AUGGAUCGUUUUAAUGGUGAUGUAGAAAUUCAAGAUCCAUUCGAACAAACGAAUGAAUUGAUGCGUCAAAGUCUCGUUACGGUUGAGCAUAAUUGUCAAGCUUUGAGAAAUCUUGUCAAAGAGCAACGAAAAUUUAUCGCUGAUUCGAUCAGCGAGAGCCAAGAGAAUCCGGGGAAGGCCCGUGCUCUUGGAGUAACUUUGAAUUUUUACGAUCACAUUCGAUCCGACCUCGUGGCAUUGGAGGAAAUUUGUCAGAAAUAUCGCGUGAAAAUACCCGCUGACAUUUCUUCAGAAAUUCUGCAAAGACUUCAGCCACCGUUCCACACUUCGUUGGCAGCCGUUAAAAAAGCUUACCUCAACGAACAACAAUUCUUCGACCGUGUUGACACCGAUCGAGGAUCAACAACGAACGGCCAAUUUAUUCGUGAUUGGGCGAACGCUUCACCGUCAUUCUUCGAUCAUACCCAGAACAUCAUUUAUGGGCCAAAGAAAUUAAUGCCCUCGGAGUUUGACGAUAGCGAUGACAAGUUUAAGCAGGACAUUAUGAUUCUUAGAACAAAAAUGUUUGCGAUUCCUCGUAGCCGCAGCGAGGAACCGAGGUACGAACAUUUCACAUUUUCUCCGAGAACGUUAUUGUUUAAAAACCAGGACAAUAUAACGGACGAUGUUCGAAGAGUGAGCAUAGGCGCUGCAACAAAGAGAGAAUUCAUCGAAACGGUUAAAAAAACAGAUUCUUACUUUUUGCCAUCGGUCAAUGCAGAGUUGGCGAAAAUCGACUAUUUAAAAUUCGUCGAUGGCGAGUUCAAUACCUCAGACAAUUGGCUGAAACUACUCGACAUGUUCGGUCAACAGUUGAGAUCAAAAUGGUAUCUCGUUGUUUGUCCACAAAUAAAAGCCGUUUUAAAAAAAUACAAAAUCAUGAUAAUCCAUCUUUCCCCCACGAAAACUUUCGAUUUCAUCGUGAAAUUGCCGGAGAAUGGGGCAAGUUGCUGGCUGACGCGUAAGACUUUGAUUCCAUUGACGCAUAGAACAUCGGAAGUUCGAUGGCUUCGAGAUCCGAGGAAACAGCUCAGAGCCAUCAACGGGAAGGAUGUUGCAGCAACCAUAAUGCAGAGUUGCUGGCGUGGAUUUUGGGUCCGCAAGUGCAUCUACGACACAAAGUGCAAAUAUAUAGCAGCAAGUAUAAUCUGGGUGGCAUGGAUUGUAGUGAAAAAGAAACGUCAGAUGCAUGAGCGUUAUCUUCGAAACAUGUUGACGACUCUGGACACGACCCGUCAGUUAAGCUUGAAAUUGAGUACCGAAUACGAGUCCAUAAUCAACGACAAACACGUGGUAAUCCAUCUCCCAUCGCUGGGUUUCCCAUUGGAUGUCAGAAGAACCUUUGGGAGCAGCAUAGAUUUUGCCAACUAUCAAAACACCAUGGGACUCAAGUUUUCCGCUAUAAAAAAUCAAUUUGCUCAUGUCAUCUACGUACUCCCAAUAGAUGCAACCGAAGAUUUGAUGGAAAUGUAUAAUGACACGAUCGAGUCUGUUCUGCCCCACGAAGAUGCCCACAAUAGAGUGACUUUUUUGGGCCUUUCCCAAGCCCAAACCUUCGCAGAUUAUUCUUUUAAUGUUUCAAGGACUCUUCAUGCUUCGGAAGAUACCCUAGUCGAGAUCCGCAAGUAUCUUGUCAACAAACGAGCCUUCUGCUUACCUUGGAUCCUGGACGAAUGCGAUGUUCGCGUAGCCGGUAACUUGGGAGUCCCCCUUCUUGCUCCAGAUGUCGAGAUGCAGAGCAACUUACUCAACAAAUCAGCGAUCAGUGUUAUGAUUGACAGACUGAAACUCGAACAACCGCCGUUCAUUAAUGACAUCAAGGAUUACAAAACUUUGUGCAACAGUCUUGCUGAACAGAUAUGUUCUAAUACAGAGAUUUGUAUGUGGUUGUUCAAGGUGAAUGUCGGCAUGAGCAACCUGCACACCGGAGUCUUUCUCAUCAAUCAUAUCAGUGUUCCUUUCAUGCCAAUUUUACGUAAACAGCGAGAAAAAUAUGGUGAUCAGUGGAACACUAACAUAAAAACUAAAAUGAAUUUUCUGAAAGGGUUGUCCGAUCAUUUGUCUGAGAUCGUGUCGACAGUUACAAGAUUCUCCACAUGUUAUGGAUCCUGGGAAAAUUUUUACUCUCAAAUGGUCAAGUAUGGCUGUCUGCUUCAGGCUGUUCCAAACGAAAAGCAUUCCAAGUACAUAAGCGUCACUCUUUUCUUACCUGGCAAUGCUACAGGACAUACCCCGGAAUGGACUGGAACAGCGGAGACCAUUUAUUCUGCUGGCAUAUUAUUCUACAAAUAUUUGAAUAACGAUGAACUGGACAGAAAAGUGGCCAAGGACUUUUCUCUUUCAAGAAUUUUGCUAUUUUUUUUUUUACUGAACAAAAUCACGUUACCGUUGUUUUCGUUAUCACGCCUGAUUCACAAAUGUGAUGCAGUCAGAAAAUCAAGAUUUUCGACAGUGGGUUACACGAUGCCACAGACUUUUGUAGACAACUCCGACAUCGAAGUGAGCGUUCAGCUUAUAAGUGAAUCUCUUCAAAAAGAUGGUUAUUUCGGCCACUUGUGCAUCAACCUCUACUGUUUCCGUCGCAAACAAGACGAUAAAAUUGUUUGUCUCGUUGUCGGGAUUGACCCCUGCUACGAUUAUGUUCAACAUUACGUCGAUUGGUUGAAAUUUGCCAUCAACGGUUCCUACGAUCCUAUUAAUAAUAAAUUCGAAGCCGAUGUCGGAUUACUCCCGGAUUCACGGUCACAAAGAUCUUCCAUAAGCGUACCCUACGGUAGAGCCAUCUCCAGUUUUACCGAAACAACUGGACGCUACGCCGUCGUAAUUCCCCAUCUUUACCAUUCUGAAUUAUCCUCUCAUAACUGGAAAAAUCUUCGUGCUUUGAGUAAAGAAUCCGGGGUAAAUUGGAAGACUUCUGAAAUUCAAGAUAUUAAAAUUGUUCUCCAACUGAUGAAUUUUAUCGACUAAUCCACCAUUUUGU